GUGUGGUGGGAGUUUUGGGCUAGAGCCGUCCGGGCCUGACCGCUGAGUGUGGGCACCGAUGCCACCGCCAGAGGAAGGGGCAGCAAAGUGGGGAACCGGGGUGCCGCCGAUGAGUGACUUGGGGGAGUAAGUGAGAAGCGGCGAGCGGAGGGGGCGGAGCAAGAGGAGGAAGGAGAAGGCUGGAGGGGAGGUCCGAGGAGAGAAGUGAGGGCCCGCAGGGGAAGAGAGACAUCAGGUCAACGUGUAAGCUGAGUACACUCAACUAGAAGAGAAGCAAAGACAGCAACAUCAUGGCGUCAGUGUCUACCCAUGGAAACCAAGAUAAACCGCAUUUGCCACCACUAAGCAAGCAGAGCCUGUUGUUUUGUCCAAAAUCAAAACUGCACAUCCACAGAGCGGAAAUUUCAAAGAUUAUCAGAGAAUGUCAAGAAGAAAGUUUCUGGAAGAGAGCUCUGCCCUUCUCUCUUGGAAGCAUGCUUGUGACCCAAGGACUAGUCCACCACGGUUAUUUAGCAGCUAACCCAAGAUUUGGAUCAUUGCCUAAAGUUGCACUUGCUGGUAUCCUGGGAUAUGGCCUGGGAAAGGCAUCAUACAUAGGAGUCUGCCAAAGUAAAUUUCAUUCCCUUGACGAUCAGCUACGCGGGGCUGGCUUUGGUCCAGGGCAUAACAGGCACUGCCUGCUUACCUGUGAGGAGUGCAAAAUUAAGCAUGGAUUAAGUGAGGAGCGAAGUUCACAGCCAUCAGCUUCCUAAACGCUACACCUGUGGCUUUUGAAGUUUCCUAAAGUUCUGAAUUUGCACACACACUACAGAUUCAAGUGUACUUGAAAAUAGCGUACAGGGGAACAGAAACAUGGUGAUUCUCUCUAUCAAAAUGCUUUUUGCACAAGAUUCUCAAUUGAAUUGAGUGUAUGUUUUUCUACUGUGUACGAACAUGGUGGGAGAAUUCGCACACCGAAAAGAAAUUAUGUUGUAUUCUAACUUGUAUACAGUGAAGUAAAAGAAUGUCAAGUCCUCUCUAA